AUGAGAUGCACAACUAUAGGAGCUGAUUUAUAUGAGCAAGUGUUUUAUUCAUUAAAUUUAAUUGAAAAAGAUUACUUUGGAUUACAAUAUACAGAUGUAAAUCAUGUGAAGCAUUGGCUUGAUCCUACCAAACCAGUUAAAAAACAAGUUAAAAUUGGACCACCUUAUACAUUGCGACUAAAAGUUAAGUUUUACUCAUCGGAACCUAAUAUGCUAAGGGAAGAACUUACAAGGUAUCAAUUUUUUUUGCAAUUAAAAAUUGAUAUCUUUGAAGGGAAAUUAGAAUGUCCUGAUCAAACAGCCAUACAACUUAGUGCCUUAGCCCUUCAGUCCGAGCUUGGAGAUUAUGAAGAAGAAUAUCACACACCUGGAACUGUGAGUGAAUUUCGUUUCGUUCCAAAUCAGACGGAAGAAAUUGAAUUAGCAAUAUUUGAAGAAUACAAAAAAUGUAAAGGCUUGACUCCUGCUCAGGCUGAAAUGAAUUAUUUAAAUAAAGUUAAAUGGUUGGAAAUGUAUGGAGUUGACAUGCACACAGUUCUUGGAAAGGAUGGAUGCGAAUAUAGUUUGGGGUUAACACCAACUGGAAUAUUAGUGUUUGAAGGCAUUCAAAAAAUCGGAUUAUUUUUUUGGCCAAAAAUUGGUAAAUUAGAUUUUAAAAAGAAAAAAUUGACAUUGAUUGUGGUGGAAGAUGAUGAUCAGGGGAAAGAACAAGAGCAUACGUUUGUUUUUAGAUUGCAUAAUGAAAAAGCCUGCAAACACUUGUGGAAAUGUGCCGUUGAACAUCAUGCAUUUUUCCGUUUGAAUGCACCAGUAAAAGGUCCAAACGCUAGACAAAAUUUCUUCCGAAUGGGUUCCAGAUUUAGAUAUAGCGGUAAAACAGAAUAUCAAACAACUCAGCAAAACCGAGCCAGAAGAACGGUGCAGUUUGAAAGAAAACCCUCGCAAAGGUAUGCCAGACGACAGUCACACAUUCUUAGAGAAAAACAAAAAAAUAAAUCUACGGAUAGUAAUGAUAAAAUGGAAGAUAAUAAAAUGUCUUUGAAUUCGGAAUGCACUUCGGAAACGGAAACGACUCAAAAAUCUGGCAGCAUAAAAAGUGACGAUUCGACCAUUUCUGGAGGAUUAAGUGAUACCGGAGGAAAGUUAAAAGAAAUAAAAUUGAAAACGUCAAAAAAUAUCGAAAAAGACAUUAGUUCGAUAGAAAAUUUUGGCGAAUCGCUGAGUAAAAAUUGCGACCUGGAUUCUCAGGAGAGUUUUAAAAAGGAAAAAAACGUAAACAAGUACAAAAGUGAUUUGUUCGAUGCCAACGAUCCAAAGGAUAGAUUAGAUACUUUGUUAAAAUCUUUGGAAAAAACAAAUAAAGAUAAUUUAAAUGAUAAUACAAAAAAAGAAGAUUUUGAAAAAAUAUCGAUUUGUUCUUCUGAAUCGUCGGUAAAUUUGAACAAUCAAAUAACGAAUUUAAAAAUUGGAGGAUCGACCAUACGUCCUAUACCUGCGGAUCAAUUAAAAUGCAAUUUACUUAAAGAAAAAAUUAGUAGCAAUGAUAAAAAAUUGCCUCUUAAACCUGAUAUAAGCAAAGCAACCUUCAUAUCCGUCGGCGGGGAUAAAUUAACACUUGCUUUGGGCGGUCCCAACAGUGCUUCUGCUACGUUCAUACCUGAUUUUAAACCAUCUUCGAACGCGGAAAUAUCGGAAUUUGGUAAAAAAGACGAGGAUAAAAAUAGUAAAGAAAGAUGCACGACUCCCGUCACGGUCACACAUUUUUCUCUAAACGAUAAAAAUGAAAUGAUCGAACGUAUAGUUUUACCCAAAACGAAUUCCUCAUCCGAAGAAAAAUCAAUUAAUGUUAAAAAUGGCGAUAGAGAAAAAAAGGAAAACGACGGAGGCGGCGACAAUAUUUCCGAUUUAUUUAUUUCAGAGUCUUCCAAUUUAGAUUUGAGAUAUUCGUUGAAAGAGAAAAACAUUGUGUCCGCGACGGAACAAAGUGAUUUUACACGAAUUAAAGAUAAUAAAUCUUCUUCGAACGGUUACACCACCACCACCAACAACAACAACAACAAUCCUUUUUCUAAUCCCUUUAAAACGGAGACAUUUUCAAAAAGUAUUUCUUCGAAUCCUUUUCAAAACGAAUCGAAAAUCACCGGAGGAAAUCCAUUUUUGGAUUCUCUUAAUCCUUUCGUCGGAAAUCAAACAAACAAAGAUGCAUUGUCGAGUCUCAAUGAAGAUGUUAAAAAUCAAAUGGAAAUACUUAGCAAAGACAUAACGAAAAAGGAUUCGAGCGUGAAUGCAACCAACGAAAAUGUUGAUAAAACGAUAAAAAAUAACGACGUUUCACAAAAUUCACAAUCGAUAACGCCAUCGAAAAAAAAUUCACCGACGAAUCUUAACCAAUUAUCCCCUUGGUUGGUCGCAAGCGAUACCGUUCCUCCCGUAUCAUCAUCAACUGUGAAAAAUAAAACCGACACAACCGGAAAUGCAAUCAUACGAAAGACUGUUCUCACGACCCAAUUAUGA